UCCCAGACCCAGCCCAUAGCAGCCUGGGCUCCUGGGUGCCUACCAUCAUGGUGGAGGUCUCGCAACUGCGCUCCAUUGGUCGAGCCUGAGCCAGCAUGGCGGCGCCCAUGUAACCCUGUCCGUGCCGCGAAAGAGACGGCGGCCGUGGUGCCGGCCCCGCGGGGUCACAAGUCACCAUGCUGAGGACGGCGUGGAACGCGCUGAGGUCGCUUCGGACCCAGGCAGUGGCCCAGGCCCCAGUCCUUGGGCUUCCGGGCGGAGCGUGUGCCAGGCCUCCCUCCCGCCAGUGGGGCCUUCCCUCUCCUCGAGGUGUCAUCUUCCCGGCCGUUCGCGCAUAUGCAGCCCAGAAACCAGUCCAACCCAGCCAAGUAGAUGACCUGCCCCCUUCCACGCUGCUCAAAGACUACCAGAACGUUCCUGGAAUGGAGAGGUUUGACGAUGUCGUGAGAAGACUCUUGUCUUUAGAAAUGGCCAACCAGAAGGAGAAGCUAAAAAUCAAGCAAGAGCUGCUGAUGAACAAGAUUUUGGCAAACCCUGAGGACACCAACUCCCUGGAGGCUCGAAUUGUUGCCCUGACUGUCAAGAUCCGCAGUUACGAAGAACACAUGCAGAAACAUCGAAAGGACAAAGCCCACAAGCGCUAUCUGCUGAUGAGCAUCGACCAGAGGAAGAAGAUGCUCAAAAACCUCCGGAAGACCAACUACAGUGUCUUCGAGAAGACGUGCAAGGAGCUGGGGAUCGAGUACACCUCUCCCCCGCUGUACAACCGGAAAGGCCACCAACGCUGGGCAGCCAAGAAGGCCCUGUGCAUUCGGGUCUUCCAGGAGGUACAGAAACUCAAGAAACAAAAAAGGGCCUUAAAAGCUAAAGCAGCAGCCCAGAAACAAGGCCAGAAGAACCCGGAGAGCCCUUCCAAAGCCGGACCAGAGGCAAUCGAAGAAAACCAAUAAAUUUUAUUAGAGUUA